CGAGAAGGCAACAACCACCUUCCACACCGCCAUACCGCUUGAUUGUAGACAAGUUCAAUACACAACAGACAAACAGAACUAAAAAAUCACGCUCAACAAUCACUCACGAUCGGUGGUGUCUUAUCUCGAGUGGAGAUUAUUAUUGCGUACGUUCUGCUGGUCAGUCAUCAUAAAAAGCCUUAAAAAGAGAAACUGUGUGACAGUUCUGAUAACGCAUUGUUUAAGUUGAUAAGAGUGGCUCGUGCGGGAAGCAAGAUGCCUCGAACAACGGUGACGCUAGUUUCGAUCGGGCUGUGUUUGCUGCUGGACGCCAUUCAGUGUGCAACCGGUGACAUAACAUCGACGGUCCCCACAACAACCUCCAAAAUGGCUGAGGUCCAACAGGUUUUCGAACAGCACGAGGUGAUCCCCGAUGUGAUCGAUGCUGCGCCGAAAGAGUUUGCGAGGAUCUCCUACCCGAGCGGUGUCACCGUUAACGGUGGUAACGAGCUGCGUCCGACACAGGUUAAGGAUCAACCGCGCGUCGAAUGGACGGCCAAACCCGACACCUACUACACACUGUUCAUGGUUGAUCCGGACGCACCGAACCGUAAGGAGCCAAAGUUCCGUGAAAUUGGCCACUGGUUGGUGGGUAACAUUCCCGGCACCAAGGUAGAGGAUGGUGACCAUAUGUACGCAUUCGUUGGUUCCGGACCGCCGAACGGUAGCGGUUUGCAUCGGUACGUGUUUCUGGUGUACGAACAGCCGGCCGGACGGAUUGACUUUACGCAGGCACCGCGUGUCUCGAACCGCAGCCGCAACCAUCGGGUAAACUACAAGCAUCGCGAGUUUGUGCAGCAGUACGGACUUGGCGAGCUGGUGGCGGGAAAUUUCUACCAGGCACAGUACGAUGACUAUGUGCCGACGCUGCACGCUCAGCUAUCGUCCGGAACCGAGUAGCGAUGAUAAGCCGACUGUAAGCUAAGCAACUGAUCUAUGACUCCGAUUCUGGAUUAUAACAAAAAACUGGCAACAAGAA